AUGGUUCGUCUCAACGCUCUUACGGCUGCUGCCGUCCUGUCUUUUGCCUCGGCUGUCUAUGGCGCACCUACGCCGGAUGAAGUCAACUUGCCUCAGCCUGAGGACUUCAAGACUCAACUCGGGUACGACCCCGACUAUGAUGUCGCUGUUCGAGGCACGCGGAGAGUUGCGAGCAACAAGAAGAUUUCCGAGAUCAUCCCGGAAAUCAUCACCGUGAAUGUUGCCGACAUCCCGCAGAGCAACGCCACAGAGUUUCCCGCCUCGAUCAUUGGCCCUGCGGAGCCGGAGUCCGCCAAGCGUGCCAUUCUCGGCAACGAUGACCGCGUGCUCUGGACGAACAGAGACUACCCCUACCGUGCAAUGGGAAGAAUCUCCCUGUCCAACGGAGUGUUCUGCAGCGGCGCUCUUAUCGGAUCCCGGCACGUGGCCACUGCUCGCCACUGCAUCCCCGGCGAAGGCGUUUCCGCCCGUUUCCAGCCGGCUUACGACAACGGCGAGGUCCUUGGCGGCUAUGAUGUGUCCGUGGUCUUCCAUGCCACAUACGGCCAGACCGGCUGGUGCGCGAACGGCUACGAUUGGGCCAUCUUCGUCCUCGCCGAGAAGGCAGGAACUGCCAACGGCUGGCUCGGACUCAAGACCGUCAACCCCGACACGCAGCUCAACAAGCCCCUCUUCUUCCACUACGGAUACCCGGGAGACAAGGGUGGAUCGCGACCUUACCGUCAGGAGUCCAUCACAGCCACGGCUGCGACUGGAUGUGACCGUGGAUCACCAGUUGUCACCGAUACUGACUCUGCAGGAGGUCAGUCCGGCGGCCCCGUCUGGAUUUAUGAGGAUGGUAGCCGUUAUCUGUAUGCAAUUCAUGUUGGCAGCACCGAUACUUUCUCUGUUGCGGCAGGAGGUCCGUCGCUCUUUGAUGGCUUCGGGAUUUUGCUUAAGGACUACCCGUACUAG